AUGAACAUUUCUGGAAACAAUUUUUAUGAAAAUAUAUGUCACACAUUUGUUCAAAAUUGUAUCUUUUCUGCGUGUUUCUCAUCAAAUUAUAGAAUUAUGACAAUUGUUUUUGAAUUUUAUGGGGGAAUUUUUCAACACAAUCCUAAAUUGCAUGUCAUGAUGUUAAAACGAUGAAACUUUUCUUUUAAUUUCACGAUUUGUCCACUUCACGAUUCGACGUUAUUCUCAAAAAUGUAAGACUUAAAUCUCGUAACUUAUUUCUCAAUUUGUCGUGGUACUGAAAAAAGCUGAAAUAGCCGAAAGAAAAAGAAGACUCCGUCUUAUUACUGGUGCUGUAAUAUACGCACCAAACAGCAACAACCAACUUUUAUUUUCUAAACGGAAAUACUGCUGUUUCCGGUUCCGUUCGCGGUAAAAUGUAAACGAUAGUCCGGGAAUAAACUGGUACGAGCUUUGAGUGAGUUUAUGUUCGACGUAACAGCUCGACAGCCGGCAGUAACACAACCGUUGCAAAUCCUACGGAGUUGUUUAAGUUCUGACCACGAACGAACAACUUUAAGGAUGAGUAGGUGGGGAGACAGACUGAAGAAGGUUGAGCAGCUGGCUCAGUCCUUUCAGCAUCAACCUCUGGCCACACGUUACAAACCUCGACUGUGGCUGUGCCAGCCCUCCUCCACCUGGAAGCUCUUCCCUCGUCAAAGUCUGGCUUUCAGCUUUGCUCGGAGCUGCAAAGAGGCUGUUCAUGUUUUUGCGCUCGAAAAAGAAAGUGCCAGUCCAGGUCAGAGAAUCUACCUGGUCACCAGUUACAGUGAGCUGUGGCAUUACUACAGGACUCACCCGCAGUCGCUCAUGCAUUGUUAUGAGGUCAUUCCAGAGGGCGCUGUCUGCAAGCUGUACUUUGACUUGGAGUUUCACAAGCCCUCAAACAAAGGGGCUGAUGGCAAAGCGAUGGUGGCGUCUCUCAUCCAGUAUUUCUGUGACAAACUGAUGGAGGUUUAUGGGAUUAGAUGCUCUGCACAAAAUGUCCUUAAUCUGGACUCCAGCACGGAAGAGAAAUUCAGUCGACAUCUGAUCUUUAAUGUCCAAAAUGCGAUUUUCAAAGACAACACACAUGUUGGCCGGUUUAUCCACUCUGUGCUUCGUCCAGUCCUGAGCAAGGGCAAAAAUGGAAGCUGUCUGGACAAUGAUGUUGCACAAAACUGUGAAAAAGGUUCAACUCGUGGUGUGAGAGAGGAAAUGGAUGGAGUUCCAUCGACUAAAAAGCGUCGGCAGGAGACGACGGACCUGAGUUUUUUACAGGUUAAAAACCAAGGUCAGGAUUGUCUUUUUGUUGAUCUUGGAGUCUACACAAAGAACAGAAAUUUCCGCCUUUACGGGUCGUCUAAAUUAGGGAAGAACGCUGCUUUCACUGUGGCAGACGACAACCAGUUUAUUCCCAAACCUGAGAAAGGCACUUCCCCUGACGAAAGCAUUUUCCUGGCAUCUCUGGUCUGUAAUGUCAGUUUCACAGGUCAAAGAAUUCUCACCUAUGACAUUCCAGAAACAAAGGAGUCCACGACAUGCAGACCGCUUCCGGGAUCAGACACAAAACCAGGUUCACUUACUGGCUGCCAGACGUCCCCUCACCAAGAAGUGGACAACUUUGUGUUAACCCUGGUGAGAAAAGAAGGCAAACAAGGAGCCAUCAGGCGAUGGAACUACUUUGUGGCAGAGCAACUUCUCGUCUACGACAUUGCCAACUAUCGCUGGUGUGAAAAUGUGCAGAGGUUUCACAAAAGCAACAACAUCUUGAUUGUUGUGGAUCUCAAAGAGGAAGUGUGGUAUCAGAAGUGUCACGACCCUGACUGCAGGAACUUCAGGUCCUCCGGUUACCCUCUGCCACAGGAGAUCUGCGUCAGCUACAUCAUGGCCCUGGAUGAAGAGGACCAGGCUUAUGUUAUGGACGAGGCUGGAAACAUUGAUCUCAGUCAAUCACCGGACCGACAGGCAGCAGUGGGCGUGGCCAAAAACAGAUCUGACGUCUGGGGAGAUGACGAUGAAGAUUAUUUACAAAGUCUGGAUGACUUUGAAUUGGACAGCGGGGAAAUCUCUGAUCGGCUUCUGCUCAACUGUGUGACAAGGUUUGAUUCCCAGUAAUAUAUAGUAUUAUUCACUUGGACACACACUGUUAAAUCCUUUUGGCUGCUUCAGUGUAUUUUCCCCCUGGUUAUUAUCUUUCUGUUGUAAGAUACAGUCCACCAGUAUGUCAUAAUUUAAAAAAUAUAUAUGUAGUUUAUAUAAUAUUUUAGAUGUUUAUAAUUAAUUUUAUAAUUAAUUUUAAAAAAUUAAAAAAUGAUUUCCCUUUUUUUCUAAUCUGGCUUAAAGUCAUUAAAACAACUUUAAGAGCAACUACAGAGAAAUGUAAUAACUAGAAGCACUUUAGUGUAUAUAAUAAAUCUUAAUUAUUUUAAGUUAAGUGUACACAGCCAUAGGUAAUGACAGUACUGCACCAAACUGACCGUGGAGUCAGGUAUAACAGACAGGAACAGACUGUGUAACAGACUUUGUUAGAAGUGUUUAUUUGGAACAGUAGACAAAUAUAUUGUUUUCGCUUCACUGCACUGUUUACCCUUUUUUGUAUCAGCCUUAAAAAAAAAACAUGGCACAACCGAUGGGACGUGUCACUCACAAGAAACAUUUCA